AUGUCCUGCCAUGCCGACGACGAGCCGCCCGCUUUGCCUGCUGAGAACCCAUUCCAGCAGCGCUUCGUUGGCCGUCUUCAGGCGGCGCUUGGUGCCGAAAUCCGAUCCCCUUCAGCGCGUUUCCGGCCAGUCUCCGGUGUCGCACCCCGCUGGCAGAGUCACUCUGGUCACAGAAAAAUAGGUCAAGAAAAAUUUACACACAUAAAUUACCCACUUUUAAGUGGCCACACGAGUCAUCAAACAUGCCAUGAGCUUAUUUCACACAGGGCAAAAAAUUUAAACUUUGAAAGAUUAUCAGAUCGGUCUCCGAAAACUACCUCACCCGACAGCUGCAAAAUACCCUAG